AUGCUUACGGGAGAUUUGCCGUGGGACAGAGCAACUUGCAGUGACCCUGCCUACGCUAUGUGGCUUAAAGGCGAAGUCCCACCAGUUCUAAAAAAUUUGGACAGUGAUACACUGGCUAUUGUGCGAGACACGCUGGUAGUCGAUGAAGAAUUGCGACCAACCGCAAAAGAGCUGUUGAAACAUCCUUGGUUAUCUACUCCAACAAAAAGACGAUCUAAGAAAAUGGAUAAUUCUGAGCCACUGAAACGUGCUAAAAUAGAAAAUUGA